AUGACAUCAUUGGCGAAGCAGUUAGAGAGGUUAGCAGUACCUCACACUCGGGCUGUAUAUGGCGAGGAUAAAAGGAGAAAAUCACUCCUGUUCGACCCAAAAGAGGCAGCGGCACUGGAUAAAGAAGCUGUGUUUGCCAUAGGUACAAAUGGAAUAGCAGAGUUACAGGCCAUUGAUUCAGUGUUUGACGAGUUUCAGGAGAUUCUGUUUGGGGAAUCCACUAUGUCUUUCCAGAGGAGCAUUCAAACAGCAGAAAUCAAUGCACAAAUAGAUGAAACAAUUGAAUCAUUCCUUCAGAAGUUGUCUCCAUAUUGUCUGCUUAAACCAGCACAGAAAGCAUUGGAGUGGUUAAUCUACAGGUUUGACAUUGAUGUGUACAAUAUUGAUGCCUUCAUGGUUUGUCUCCUUCCGUUUCAUGAAAGCAAGAUAUUUAUACGAGCUGUACAGCUUCUGAAAUUAAAAUCCAGAACAGCCACAAACUGGGACUGGUUACUUCCUAUUCAGACAUCUGGUGUUCACCUACCUAGACAGACUUUGAUCAAUCACUGUAAUUCAAAUAUUGGAUUCCUUUCCUUUCUCUGUGAUAAAAUCUACAAGACAAUCAAGGGGACAUUAAAGAGAGAUGAAGAAGACAAAUUAAGAGUUAUCUUUUCCUUCUACAUGUCCACGGUGGUGGGGGUGCUGGAGUUUGGUGGUGCUACGGAGAAUCUGGUGUCUUCCCUGCUUCCCCACCUUAGCCGGGGUCUAAAGUCAAAGGUCACACAGUAUAGAGCUGCCACCUACAUGAUACUAGCUCAGCUUGUCUUCAAAAGCAGUCUACAACAGGACUUGUUAAAAUCCUUGCUAUCUGCUCUCUUCAAGAGGUCAAUCUUGAAACUUGAACAAGAAACAAUGACUUGUGCAGCACUGAUUUUCCAACACCAGAGGAUUAAAAGUCUUCCAGCAAGAUCUUUCAAACACAUCUGUCGACAGCCAGGGUUGAUAGAGAGCCUCAAAACUCUCACAUCUGAAGGAUAUUGUGAUGGACUCACCAUUGCCUUUUUGGAGAGACUUGUUGUUAUGGCUGUUCAACAGGACUCUGACAUGAGUGCGAGUGAGAGCAGUGACUCUGAGGCGAUAUGGAGCACCCCCCAGUAUCUGAGUAUCCUCCACGACUUCCUAUCUAGUGUGCCACUAAGUGAGAGUGUUGCAGACCAACUCACAAAGGAAGUCAUGGAAAAUUAUCUUCUCUGUGCAAAUAACAUUAUUGAUGAUGAAGGAGUGGAGGAUCUGAGCAACAAACACAAAAAAACUGUGCAACUUCUGGAGGACAGGUAUCCGGCCUCAUUAGACAGGGCUGUACAAAGUUUAUUAGAGGGAGAGGAGGAUGAGAAAGUAAAGAAGGUGAUCCAGGAUUUCCUGAACCUCUCCGUACUGUCUCUGAGGCACCAGCAUCUGUCAGACAUUGAAGGCAGUCUCUCUCUGUCCAUUAAUCAUAGAACACCAUCUGUCCGUGUCAAUGCUGUACAAUAUCUACUGAAAAACACAGACAAGUGUGACUGUGAGUAUGUAUCGGAGGUGUUAUCAGCAAGACUUGCUGAUGACUCACUUGAAGUUGUGGACGCAGUUCUUGAAGCAGGACAGUCCUUGUGGAGCAUGUUAAGUGACACCACUCAUCUAUGUCACUUGCUAGGUAAUAUUGUCCUAAGAUGUCAGCCCUGGUCAGCCAUUGGUAAGAAGGCCCUACAGAUUCUGUGUAGCUGUGAACCAAAACAUCAUUCUUCAGUCAUUCUUCAUCUAUUUCCACGCUUACUGAUCUGCACUUCUGAUGACCUUGACUUUCUGAAAGAUCUGUGUGACACAGUCCUUGCCAAAAGUAACACCAUGAUCAAAUCAAUAGCUCAGAAGUUGAAGAAGAAAGCAGCGGGCAAGAAGAAACAGUCAGCGGAGGAUUUGGCCGAGCUCUCUGUAGAGGUGACAGAAUGGAUAGCUGCUGCUGUGAUUAAGAUGCCGGACUGUGACGAUUUUCUAACCAAGUUACGGGAGGGGGAUGACAGUGCUCGAUAUAAAUGUCAUCUGGCACUGUUCCUCAACUCAAUCAUCCCACUGAUGUCUGAACAGAAAAACCAGAUCCACUGGUGUGGUAAACAGCUCAAACUUCUUCACCAGCUACGACCUCAAGGUCAGCCAAGAAUAGACUGGGAGGAGGUCAUCACCAUGGUAACAGACACUUGUCAAACUCUUAUGGCCAGUCAGAUACAGGGAAACUCCAUAAGCCUUUAUCUGCUUUUCAGCUUUAUAAAAUUGGUUCCUUCAGUCAAAAUUGAUGCUGAGUUUUGGGACUUUGAUGAUGAAGCUCUGACCUUGUCUGUGAGGCUGUUUGAUUACCUCCUCCUUCUGUCCAGUAACUCCCCCUGUAGACAGGCUUACAGGAAGCUGGUCACUCAGUUCUUACAGCAUCUACCUGACAGCAAUGCCAAACUGAAAUUUCUUGGACUUUUGUGGACACAGCAUUGUAAUGACCUCAGUGAAAGGUCAGGGGUUAAGACCAGUCUACAGAUUCAAGCUCUUCUGAUUGGAAAACAGCUUCUGCAGCAAAGUGGAAAUAUCAAGAUUGCAGAUGCAGUGAUUGUAGAUCUGGUUUUGGCCUUGACCAGUCCAUUUGUGGGAAUUCGCCAGACAUCAAUGGAAUGUUUGAAGCUUCUCAAUGACAAGAGUAAUCUUGGUCGUGGGGCAUUCACGCCACUAGUUAACCACAUCCUGCAGUGUGAGGUUGAGAUUGAUGCGGACCAGGACUAUCUAAAACAGGCUGUGGGGUCCGUUAUGGACAAUGAACCAAGAAAGAAUAGGAGGAGAUCUCAUUCCGGUAAGAAGAUGGACAGUAGUCUGGUCAGUGUUGUUGUGGACAUUAUACAGAACUCAGAUACACCACACUGUGUCAGGAACAGUCUACUUCAGAUCACAGCAUUACACAACAACAAAAGUUUUCUUUGUGACCUUCUACCGACCUUGAGGUCACUGUUAUCCAUCUGUCAUGGUGACAGUCCGCCAGCGCUGGCUGUAGACUCCUGUGGGUUACUGAUUGAGAGGUUCACCCCUGACACCUGUUCCACAUUGGACUCACACCCUGAGGCUCUGAACUUAGUCCUGGAAAUGUUAGCUAGCCCAGUCAAGGGGAUACAGGAACAUAUGAUCUCACAGUUGACAGGAGAAUUUUAUAACAAACUGACAUCAGGAACACAGCAGCAGAUUCUGUCCUGUUUGUUUGAUGUCUGGGUGAAAGCCCCGGGUCCAGGUGCAGUCAAAGUGAUCAAAAAGACACUGAAACAUUUGACCCUGGAGAGCAGCCAUGUUGUAGAGGAGCUGAAUAAAUGUCUUCAAACAUCUCCUUCUGCUUCCACCGUCAAGGAACGUAAAAAACAUAGGAAGUCUGAUGUUCAUAAAGAAGAGGAAGAUAUUUUUGAACAAUUGCCAUGGCAACGAGUGGUAGUUGUCCUGGAGACAAUUCAAAACAAAAAGAAAAUCAGCAACUAUCUCCAACUGCUGCCGACACUUUUUAAGAUACUUUCAGAGGUGUUAAAUUCAGACCAGCAUUCAUCAGCUGAAUACAUCAAACAGCUUCUGUUGUCUGUGGUCGAUGAAGUGUGUCAAAAAGCCAUUAACCAUGAAUUGACACCAGAUUUGAAGAAGGAGACAUCAUUUAACAUUGAUCUGAUUGUGAAUGCCAUUAGGACAUCUAGUAAUCCCCAGACCCAUCAUAAAGCCCUGCUGCUUCUGACCACCGCCUCCAAAAUAUUCCCAGAGGAUCUUCUGCACAAGGUGAUGUCAGUGUUCACCUUCAUGGGAGCAAACAUCAUGCGUCAUGAUGACCAGUACAGUUUCCAUGUCAUCAACCGUAUCUUGGAGACAGUGGUGCCAGCCUUAGUAACGGCAUGUGAAAAACGGGAGGCCCACACUGGAGGUCAGAGUAAGGAGGAGGUCAUCACUAUGGUGAUGCAGGUGUUUGUGGAUGCAUACUCUCACAUUCCCGAGCAUCGCCGCCUGAUGCUUUUUACCAGACUGGUAGAAAUUGUGGGAGGAGACAACUUCUUGUGGAGGUGUGUCCUUCUCAAGAUGACACAUGAAAUAACACGACCAACAACAGAAAAACUAGAAGAAGAAGAUUCUGAGAUGCAGUUUGACUUGAAUUUGUUGUCGCAGUUCUCCAUGACAACGCAAAUCAACUCCAUAGCAGCCAUGAUAUCCUACAUAUCAGAACUGCCAGUUGACAAACCCACAGAGACAACCAAAAGAAGAAAAUCUGGAAAACAUUCACUGGAAAAAGUUGGCAUAUUCCAAGUGGAGACCCACACAGCCAAACAACUGAGGCAUUUCAAAUUCCGGACAGUCAAGCUUCUGUUGUCUUGGUGUGUCAGCCCUACUCUUGUUCAGCAGUUGUCAACCUGUGAAGAGAAUCAGAUAACCUCAGGCUUCCAUCACCUGGUCCAGACUAUCCUGACCUACAUCUGUAGUUUAAUGGAGCUGAAGUUAGAAGACCAGACUCUGGCCAAGUUCUACCGAGCCCUGACCCACAAGAUGUAUGACCUUCUUGACAAGGUGGUUGGUUUACUACCAGAGAAAAUGUUACUGAGGGUGAUAAAGGAACUGAUGGAUCACUCUAUCUCCAACAUCCAGAGGAAGUCUAUGGAACUCCUCAACAACUUCCUGCUACAGAAAGAACACUCCCAGGAGAUGAGUUUACUGGGGAUUGUGGACAAGCUUUUAAAAGUUUGUGUAGCAGAAAAAACAGAGAUGACCACUAAACAAACAGCUCUAUACAGCCUCAAGUUACUGUGUAGAAGGAUAGGAGCUGACCAUCCUCAGAUAUUUAUAAAGGUACUGAACAUGGCUGUUGAGAUUUUCUGUUCUGAGGCAGUGAACCAGUCUCUACAGGCAAGUGCCCUGUUGUGUGUCUCGGAGGUCUGUAGUACUCUAAAGGCUCAUGUCAUCGCUCAUCUGUCAACAUUCAUGCCAAAAAUUAUCUCCUGUCUCAAAGACAAGCAACUCCUGGAGGGGAAUGAGCUUUUCCUUUUGAGUAUUAUAACAGCUGUUUUGAGAGUGAUGGAGAACUUGUGUUUGUUUCUCAGUCCUUAUCUACAAGAUAUUGUUACACAGAUCUGUUCCCUAUCUGGAGACCAGACAGAAGUGUUACAGAAAGCCACCAUACAACAGAAACUCAAAGCCAUCAGGACCACCAUGGCAACCACUCUGCCUCCCCGGGUACUCCUCGGGAUUUUACCUGACUGCUAUGACACACUUCUAACUCUCAAUCCUAGAGGAAUCCAGUCAAUGAUGGUUAUGCUAACAGACCAUGUCAGUAACAUAAAAAAGGAGGACCUAAACAGUCACCUAGUGCAACUACAAGGCUUUUAUCUCACUUGUCUGGAUGUACAGGCACAGUACCAGGGAGAAGUUGAGGAUAUAGAAGAUUCUGUGAUAGAUGCCAUUGUUACCACGGUGAUGAAACUGUCAGAGGCCACAUUCAGGCCCAUGUUUUACAAGAUGUUUGAUUGGGCCACAAGAGAGGAAGAAUUGAAGCACAGAAAUCUGGUCUUCUAUAAAAUGGCUGACAGGCUGGCUGGGAAGAUGCAGAGUCUUUUUACUAUAUUUGCUGGUCACAUUAUUGUUCAUGCGGCACAAAUUUUAAAAGACAACAACAAAGAAAUGACAGGUGAGGACUUCUUUGAUUCGAGUAAGCUGGGUAAAUACAAGGCCCAUAAGUUACUGGUUUAUAUCUGUGACUGCCUGUACAAGUGUUUCCUGUAUGACACCGAGGGCUUUGUCACCAAAGAGAGAUUUGAUACUUUACUUCAACCUCUAGUUGACCAGCUGGAAAAUGUUGACAAUGAACCUUUAUCCAAAGAGAGAGUGAGUGAGCAUCUUGUUCCGUGUCUUGUACAAUUUGGUGCAGCAACCCAGGAUGAUUCACUCUGGAAAACUCUUAACUAUCAAAUACUGCUCAAGACUCGGCACUCCUCAUCCGAGGUUAGAUAUGCAGCGCUGAUUGCGGUGGAUGAGUUCCACAAGAAACUGUCUGAGGAUUACAUGCCUCUCCUACCAGAAACCAUCCCAUUCCUAGCAGAACUCAUGGAGGAUGAAGAGGAAGAAGUGGAGAAGAUGUGUCAGUCCGUCAUCAGUCAGAUGGAGAAAACACUGGGAGAACCACUACAGAAAUACUUCUGAUCAUCAAAUGGUGGACUUAAAUGUCAGUCAGAUGGAAAAUACGCUGGGAGAACCACUACAAAAAUACUUCUGAUUGUUUAAGGGUGGACUAAAACUUUAUAUCAAUUAAUAAUAUGUUAAAUCUGAAUAAAUCCCAAAACUCACCA